AUGUCAAGCGACGAAGAUAUAAUUCUAGCGUGCGCUGCGUUUAUUUGUAUGAAAUCAGUAUUAAAAAAGAAAAAGAGAAAGGCUCGACGCUGGUGGAUGGCUUCGUUGUUUCAAAAUAGAAGUAUAUCCGCGGCAACUGAUCUUCUUUAUGAUAUACGAAAGGGCGACGCUAGACAUUUUAAUGCGUGUUGCCGGGUACCGCGAGAAGUUUUUGAUGAAUUGCUUGAAAUGUUGACAUCGAAGAUACAAAAGGAAGAUACAAGAUACAGGAGCGCUAUUCCAGCCAGCGAAAGAUUAGCCGUAACGUUAAACUUUCUGGCCACUGGUAAUUCCUAUUCGAGUUUAGCUCUGACUUUUAAAAUAUCAAAACAGUCGAUAUCAAAUAUUGUUCCAGAGGUCUGUGCAGCCAUAAUCGAUGUACUAAAAGAUUAUGUUAAGACACCCGAAAGUGAAGAGGAAUGGCUAAAAGUAGCGCAAACUUAUGAAGAAAAAUGGAAUUUCCCGCAUUGCGUUGGAGCAAUAAGUAGCAGACAUGUACAAAUACAAGUGCCAAUACAAGUGCCGAAUACAAUUAAGUCUACGUUCAACAUUGUGCUUGUGGCAGUCGUGGAUGCUGAUUAUAACUUUUUGCAUGCCGAUGUAGUAUGCGCCGGACGAAUUUCAGACACAAACGUUUUUAAAAAUUGUGCUUUUUUCAAAAAACUUGAAGGAAAUGCUUUCAAAUUACCACCUUUGAGCAUUCUGCCGGGAAGAGAGAAAUUGGUACCAUACGUUUUCGUUGCGGAUGAUGCAUUUCCGCUAGUACCUAAUCUUGUAUUAAAAUUGUAUUCUGAGAAGAAUGAAAAGGACUCUGCCAGAAGAGUAUACAACCGUCAACUUUUAAGAACGCAAAGAAUCGUCGAAAAUGUAUUUGGCAUUAUGACGACAGUUUUUCGAGUAUUGCAAAAACCUAUGAUACUGGAACCAAAGAAAGCAGAAAUUAUAGUAAUGGCGUGUAUAUAUUUGCAUAAUUAUUUAAGAAAAAAUCCAUCCUCGCAAAAUGUAUAUAAUCCAAAUGGUACAUUUGAUUGUGAAAUAAACGGUAAACUAAUAAACGGAACGUGGCGACAACAUUGUAAUGAAAACUCGCUACAACGAUUUGAACGAGUAGACAGAAAAUUAUCGAAACGCGGGGAAGAAAUAAGAACAGAAUUUGCAGAGUAUUUCAUGAGCAAGCGUGUCCUAUAGCAAACCAAUAAUUUAACAUAAGCACAAAAAGUAGUUGAAUUUCACACGAACGCAAGAAUUAGUAAAUUUAUAUGUAGUUUUUUUUUUACAUUUUAUACUAUAUGUUCCGCACAGAGUUGAGUACAUUUUAUUCUUAAAAGCAAAUAAAAAUUUUAGAUGUACCCGCAAACUUUCGGUUACAUUUCAUUUACAAAUUUAUUUGAAAAUUAGAAUCUGGUAACGUAUUUUAUUCGUUCGUGAAUAAAAUUUUCCCAACUCUGACUCUAGGUAUAAAUGGUUGAACUUAGUUUCACCUAAUCCCACUCAUUCUCCCCACUGUUUAGGUUUGGGUUAGGUCUAUAAUAUAGAAAUUUAAAAAGUACAGAAAAUGUACAGCAUUCUUAACGACAGUAGAGUUAUUUAUAAUUUUACAAGUAUUCGGAUUAUUUAAUUGUAUACAAUUUCGCUUAAGUUAGAGUGCUGGUCGCUAAUGACCAUCACGACAGUUAACGUGUCGAUACAAGUUUCGCAGACCAUAUUCACAUUUUUGCAAAUUAAAUUGACUUUGACUUUUUAAAUAA